UGGUCGGUCUUGUUCAUCACUGUGUGUACUUGCCAACCUAAUAAAACCCUAGCAGGCAUCAUACUGAAGCGGCAGCUACUUCACCCCGCCCUAUUGCAGCGCGAAAAAUGGCACCGAAGAAGGCUGUUGGAAAAGCUUUGGCGAAGAAGAAGCCGGAGAAGGUUGUGAACCCGCUAUUUGAGAAGCGUCCGAAGCAAUUUGGAAUCGGUGGGGCAUUGCCGCCGAAGAGGGAUCUCACACGGUUCGUCAAAUGGCCGAAAGCUGUUCAAAUUCAGAGGAAGAAGAGGAUUCUCAAGCAGAGGCUCAAGGUUCCACCAGCUUUGAAUCAGUUCACCAAGACCCUCGACAAGAAUCUUGCAACAAACUUGUUCAAGAUGCUUUUGAAGUAUAGGCCAGAGGAUAAGGCACAGAAAAGGGAGCGUCUUUUGAAAAGAGCUCAGGAAGAGGCUGAAGGCAAAUCACAUGAUGCCAAAAAGCCUAUCGUCAUUAAAUAUGGUCUCAACCAUGUUACCUACCUCAUCGAGCAGAACAAGGCACAGCUGGUUGUGAUAGCACAUGAUGUGGAUCCGAUUGAGUUGGUUGUAUGGCUCCCAGCUUUGUGCAGGAAGAUGGAAAUUCCAUAUUGCAUUGUGAAGGGAAAAGCACGAUUGGGAGCGAUUGUCCAUAAGAAGACUGCAUCAGUUUUGUGCUUGACAACAGUUAAGAACGAAGAUAAGAUGGAGUUCAGCAGGAUCCUAGAAGCUAUUAAGGCAAACUUCAACGACAAGUACGACGAGUACAGGAAGAAGUGGGGUGGCGGAAUCAUGGGUUCCAAGUCACAGGCCAAAACCAAAGCAAAGGAGAGGCUCCUUGCCAAGGAAGCAGCUCAAAGGAUGUCUUAGGAAUUCACAGACCCAACUCUACGAGCGAGCAAAGGACAGAGGAGAAGCUUUUAGCAGAGCAGAGGGUGUCAAAGUAUGGCUGAGGGAGUCGGUAAUGAGCUAACUUAAGCCAUUUUUCUUUGAUUACAAAGCAGAUUUUUCACGUGGCUUGUUUUUAUUUUCAGCUUUUAAGUUUCUCGGAUUGUGAAAUUUUACUACGAGUUGACAUUAUGGAAUUAUUCUAUGCGGACACCGAUUUUCUCGCAUAUGUCUUGAGUUAUACGUUUGAUAUCGACAUUAUGAAAUUAUACAACAUUGCACACCUUUUAUUGAUA